AUGGGGCUUAAUGCAGUUGCAGAUCAAUUUAGAAAAUGGAAACGGCAAUCACAGAAUCGAGAACAAACGACUUCAACCAUUCCGAAUAUAAAUAAUAAUAGACAAGUAGAAAUCAAUCAUCGCAAUGAAAAAUUAGUAAAGACAUCACCUGUUAUUUCUUCGCCACCUCCAAUAUCAACACAUACAAAAAAGGUUCGAAAACCUCCACAUACCUCUACUACUACAACUAUAACUAAAAAGCAAUAUCCUCCAAGUCCAGACACACUUUUGCAAGGCAUUGGAGAUUAUACUUUUAUUCAACAAAUAGGUCAAGGCAAAUUUAGUCGAGUUAUGCUUUCAUAUCAUUAUUUAACUAAAAAGCAGGUUGCUAUUAAGAUUAUUGAUAAGAGAAUCCAUGAUUAUCGUGUCAUGUCAAGACUUGUUCGAGAAAUAGCCCUCAUGGAAGUUUUAGAUCAUCCAAAUAUUGUUAAAUUAUAUGAAACUUACGAAACAACGGAUUCAUUGUAUUUAGUGAUGGAAUAUGUCGAAGGAUUAAAUUUAGAAGAAUUUUUACAGAAAAGAGGAGGAAAGUUAUCAGAGAUUGAAGCUAGAAAUAUAUUUCGGCAAAUGGCAGCUGCAAUGGAUUAUUGUCAUUCUAAAUGGGUUGUACAUAGAGAUUUGAAGGCACCAAAUAUUCUUUUAACAAAAAAUAAUCAAGUAAAAAUAGCUGAUUUCGGGCUAGGAAAUAGAUUUGGUAGAAGAAGAUUAAAGACAAUUUGUGGAUCUAUGUUAUAUUAUAGCCCAGAAAUUAUUAAUGGUUAUGGAUAUACUGGCCCAGAAGUAGACUGUUGGUGUUUAGGUGUUUCAUUAUAUCGUAUGACUGUUGGUGAAGAACCUUUUUCCAAAGCAAAUACUGUAGGUGAUCUAAGAAAGGAUGUAACAUCUGGUAAUUUUACUAUACCAAAUCAUGUUAGUAAAGAAUUAAGAGAUACCAUCAUGAAAUGUAUGUCUGUCGAUAAAACAAAGAGAGCUCGAGUUCAUUUAGCAUUAAAAGGGGACAAGUGGUUGACAGAGAAUGGUGCCUUACCAGAGAUAUCAACUUAUGAUACACCAUUUAACAACGAAGAAAAGAAAUUAAAAUAUAUGUAUAUGAAAGAUAUGGAAGAAGAGAAAAGGUCCAAAAAAUUGAUUAAAAGAACCCUUGUUUGUCAUCCUAAAAGCCCUUCCAUGUAUUUUACAAGU